GUUUACAAGUCAACUCAUGGUACAGGAGUUGUACAAAGCGUAUUUACACAUAUUCUUUACCAAUCCUUCAAUCCUCAAAUACAUCAUAAAUUUCAUGUGUUAUAAUUUGACCCGACGAGACUCGGGGUAGCGUUCCACCUACUGCGUCAGGAGACUCGUACGCCGUAACAAAUCGAAGAACAACUCCCGAGCGACACCUAAUGAGGACAACCAACCUCUCAGACUUAAAUAAGGAAGCAGCAAUAAAACUCCUUUAUAAAUACAAUCAUGAUUUUGACCUAUAGUGAAUAUUGUUUCAUACAAUCGACCAGCAUGUAUAAAAUUAAUGCAUGUGACUAUGAGUGGAUGUAUAGUACAUACGAAUUAAUCGAGUAUUAAACCAGGAACUACUAAUAACGCUAUACAAUUUUUUGUUAAUAAUCCAUGUUGCCAGGCAAACUUUAUCUGUGUGCUAAUAAACUGUUUGCUUUCCUAAGCUCUGGCACAAUUUGUACUGCGCGCACAGAUAUCAAUUCGUGUAAAACAUAUAGUUUAGAAUUGGGUGUGAGUUUUAUCAGUGGUUGUAGGUUAGACCUCCAGCCUACAUUUUAUAUUACUUGGAUAAUAAUAAGAUCAAAAUUUAAAAGUAGUUGGAUAAAAUUUGUUUAGUGUUGAAUUUGCAGCUCACUACGUAUAAUAAUAUCGUGAAAUACUGUUUUCAGAAGGAAAUUUGAGUUAAAGAUGGAAAAAGCUGAUUUAAAAAAAAAAAUAAGAUCGUUAUUUACUGAAAUUGGAGCGGCACGAGUUGGAAUAGUUCAUGUAUUUAGCUUCAGUAAAGAAAAACAGUGGAUUGCAUAUACGAGCACAGAUUAUAAGUUACCUACUUGUUUUUACGACAAGCACUUCUGCUUCUACUUUGAAACGGGAAAUCCUAACGAUCGAACAGAUGCGUGCGUUCAAAUAACUACAUAUGCAAGUGACGAAAGCAUGAAUUCAGUUGAGGAUUUUUGGAAAGGCAAUGUUCCAUAUACCAGCAGUGAAAGUGGUUUCGUAGCAACUUUGCUGACCGAUACCUUUCGUCCUACACCGGAGUUGCAAAAAGGCUUCGAUUACAAUGUUAAGUUAUCAGAUACAAAGCAAUUCACGAUCAGGGGCCACGAGAGAAAUAUCGAAGCUCAGUAUCGUACAAUACAGGAAAGUGUCAAAAAUCUACAAAGCUUGUGUGAAAAAAGUCGUACGUCAAUUACAAGUUUUAAAAGUCAAUUUAGUUCUCACUACAAGGAUAUAACUUUGUCGGUAAAAAACAUGGACGAAAUGUUUGGGAAAAUAACAAAUUCAGACAUGCAGAAGUGUUUGGAUCAAAUUGAAGAAGUUCAAACAUUGGCAGAAGAUCUGACACGAGCAUGGGAAAGUGGAUCACAUGAAUCUGAACUAAGAGGCGCUUUUAAAGAGAAUGUAACACUUCUGCAACAGAACUUUGAUUCCUUUGGUCGGCCAGAUAUUGCAAAAUUUGGAAUAGAUUCGAUAGAACAACAUGUAGAAAACAUAAUCAAAACUGUUGCAGACUUUAAAAACACUGUAUUGGUUGAAAGUGGAUUUAGAGAGGCGAAUAACUGCGUAGAAACAUUUAAGAAUGUUGGAAAAACACUUCAAGACAAUAUUGUAUGUCGUAAAAUAAACAGCGCGAAAGGAAAUAUUGCUCGUGUUUAUCUCGAAGAACAGUUGAUGGUAAACGAAGAAAUGCCAUAUCACUGUACACAACUUCUGUUGUCAUCUCCGUUUCGGAAUGUUGAAAAAAUACAUGGACUGGUUAAAUUUCUAAGACAAGCAAUUGAAGAGUUUAAACAGAUGGUGGAGUUAAUACCAUUUGAAAUGAAAAUAAUGGAUAGGCUAAUGUCAUUCUUGAACACCAUAUAUCAACAUUUACUGUGCCACGAAAGUUAUCCAGUUGCACGGGACAUAAUUACGCUUUCUGGUUACAAGUUCACACUGGAGCAAGAAGCGGUUAGAUUGUUCAGCCAAUGGUUUAACAAGAUUGUAUCGAUGAAAAUGGCUAUAUCAAUGCAAUCAUACACUGCAAAACAUCUGCAGAGUGCUAUUAUACACGCACAAGUACUGGAGCAGUUCUACGUGGCUUCUGAUAGAACAACUGUUCGUGAAAAUAGCAUACACUUUUGUUUUCAGUUGCUUGAGGAUAAUGAAAAAAUGCUAAAACAUGAUGAACAGCUGUAUCUCGUUAUUACUUCAAGUAUAAUCAGCCUAUGUCAGUCAAAACAAACAAACAGCAUGGAGUUUAUAUCUUUGUUACGAUUCGCUGCUAAGCACUGGAAUUUAAGACGAUGGUUUGGACCAUCGAAAAGAGAAAACAAACAACAGACUUGCUUGAAAUCGUUGGCUAGUUUCUGCAAUACAACACAAUCUGCCAUAGCUAAAGCGGAGAAACAAUGUGACGAAAAAUCGGAACUUGCAGAAAAUUUAAACCAGUUAAAUACUAAAAUAGCAGCCAUGAAAACUACACUCGACGAAACGGAAGGAAAAUUUCAAGACAUGUUUUCCGAGUUAAGAAUAACACAACAAGAGGCAGCAGCAGACAUUGAUCAUGUUACUGCUUUAUUGGAAAAUCAAGCUGUCUCUGAUACUAAAACUUUGCCAAAACUAACCAUAGAAAAAGUAAAUGAAUUUGUUGAAGCUGUAAGAAAUACAACAGGCCCCAUUGCUGAAAUCAAGGAAAAAAUCGAGACGGUUGUUCAACCAUACGUCGGUGAAGAUGAAAAAGAUUACAAAACCACAGUAAAAGAUUUGGUUGAAUUACUGAAAUAUUAUCAUUCUACUCGAAAACAGAAUAGUAAAAACAUUACAGACUUUAUUACACGUUUCAGUAAAAGCGAUGCUUCUACAGGUGACACCAACAGGUCCUUAAAAGAUGCCAAGUAUGCAAUUGACAAAGUAAAAGUAAAAUUAAAUAGCACUAAGGGUAUGGGAAAUUACGAAGUUGCCGUGUGCAAGGAUGCAUUAAAUAAACUAAAAGAAGUGGAAACAUCGCUUAACCCGGACUAUUUAAAGUCUGUUCUUCAUAGGUUACAACUGAUUGUUGGUGAACUACGUGAGGAGACCAAUCCUCCAGAGUUGAUUGAGUUUUUGACAAAGUUGAAAGAGGAACCGCCAUUUGCACAACCAUCAAAGCGCGAAAGAAACGAUACGGAGGAGACUCUAGGUCAAUUGGUUGACACCGUCUUAAAUACUCUUGGGGGAAAGUACUACAAAGCAGAUCUCUCCGCUGUUGAUCUUGUCUCAUUGAACAAAACGAUCGCAAAACUGUUAAAGCAUCUUGACCCGAAAGAUACUCAGCUACAAUUACGAAGCAGUUGGACCAAGUUUAUGUUACCAAAAUUUGAACAAGCGUACGAGCAACUACGGAAAAUAGAUUUUGAAAGAAACAUGACCAAGUUAAGCGAUGCUGGCAAACACUUUAGUUUGCAUCUGGUUAAACGAGAUUGGAUGGACGUUUGGAUGCAUUAUACCCCAUUCUACUGCUGGAAUGGAGACAGCAUAACCGAAGAUCCGCAUUAUACAGCUAAUGACACACAUCUUCCUUGUGAGUGAUAUGUAUGUUUGUCAUACAAACUAUAAGCAAUGCCUGAAAAUGCUUAUACCUAUAUAUUUAAACAUAUACGUGGUAUUUAACUUCGAGAAAAUAUCUUUGCAGCUCAGUUGUUUUUACGCAAAUGCUUUGUGUUAUUAUCUUACUGUAUCACAUAAAGUAACUAUAUAGGCUUAACGGUUAUACUUCUCUCUACUUAAUGUGUUAAAUAAAUGUUAUCAUUUGUUGGACUGCAUAAACAACAAGUAAUUGUAAUACUAAAACAUACCACAUGUUUUGCAAUGUACGAGCUGUAUAUUUUUAAGUCUGUUUUAGUUCGUGUAAAUAAAGAGAAAUAGACUGACUUGUAAGAA